AUGGCCACUCACAUUGUUUCCUCCUUCGCUGGCGCUGGUCGCCUUGCCCCCGUUGUCGCUGCCGCCCCUGCUCCUUGGUUCCCUGUGUCCGUCGAAGGCGCUGGUCGCCUGGACACUGCCGUCGCCCCUCCCUUCCCUGCCUCCGACCUACUGGGCAUCACAACCCGGUACGUCGCCGGUCAGGCCGGUUGGGGAGAUUCCCGCCUCCUGGGUGCUUUGGUGAGCGCCAACGCUGCCGUCGUCAUCCCGGUAGCACAGGAGGUGGGGGUCAUGUCGGCGAGCCUUGUGUGUGUGGUGGGCACCGGAGCAUCCUCGCAGGCGUGGGUGCUCCGCAUGGUGCUGGCUCCCGACUUCGUUUGGUUGGGCCUUGCUCCCACUCAGUUGAGUGUGGAGCAGGCCUGCUCGCCUGCAGGUGUCGACUCAACUCGACACAUCCCACUUACAGCUGUGGGGGUUUUCAACAGCACUCUGCCUUUGGAGGAGAGCUGGACCCAGCUGCUUGUGGCUCUUCGACAGCAUUCACCAGCUGUGCAAGAGACCGGGGUUGCCCCCCAGGACGUCACCAUGGCCGAGGGAUCAGGGCACCCCGAAGACAUCGACAUGGAUCGGCCAUUCACCCCGGUGGCCGUGUCCUUUUCGGAUUCGCAGAUUCCGACCUGCUUCGACCUCUCGCGCGCUGCUGCUAUUGCGCAGCCGACGAAGUCCCGGCGGGAUUGGAGGAGCGGUAACUCGGUGGAAACCGAGUUGGACAAGCCGAAGGAGCGGUCCGACCCUGCACGAACCUGGGUGGGAGGUGACUGCAGUGGUUACAACACUUCGACUUGGCGUCCGAACGCCGGUGUGGGGACAUCGAGUGCCCCGAAACGCAACGGUGUGAUCCCAUUCAACAUGGGUUAA